UGUGAUUCGCUCUGCAGGUACAGUGUUUUACCAUUUGGGUUAUUUAAACGCAUUGGAGUUCCAGGGCCAAGGCCACUGCCAUUCAUUGGAACAUUUCUACAUUAUCGAAAGGGAAUGUUUGGAUUUGACACAGAAUGCUACAAGAAAUAUGGAAAGAUAUGGGGGAUUUACGAUGGACGGUUGCCCAUUCUCUCCAUCUUGGAUCUUGACCUCAUUAAAACCAUUUUUGUAAAAGAAUGUUACACUUUGUUCACUAACAGGAGGGACUUUGGUCUGAAU